AUGAUUUCCUUUUUGCUUUUUUGGAGAGCAGAAGACUUUUUUUAUCAAAAAGUAUUCAAUGAUCCUAUCAUAUUUCCUGUAACAUAUUCUAUCAAUAAUGUUAAACAAAGAAAAUGCUCAGUUAAUAAAGAUGAUGAAACAAUUAGCUGUCCUCAAGGAACAAAUAUUAGUAAUUCAGCAUUUGUAACAGCAACUAUAAAUAAUUUGCCUUCUGGCUACUUUAAUAUCUUAAAUUUUACAUGUAAUUCCUUAAAAGCUAAUCCGAAACAAGAAAUUCAAAUCAUUAUCAGAUCAAAUGGUACAGGGAGAAGCUACUUUUUCAAACCUGAUGGCUCUGAACAGUCAAACCCAGUUAUUCCAAUUGUAAAUAAUUCUCAAAUCGAAGCAUACUUUCUUUCACAUGAAGGAGAGAGUAUUUUUAAGUUACCACAGCUUAAAAUUAUUAACCCAAAUAUUGAAAGAAAAGAAUACGGAAAACCUAAAUUAACUAAAAUUGAAAAGAAUGUUUAUCGAGCUUCAGUUGAAGUUACUCCAACAGAAAAACUAUAUAUACAAUCAAUGUUUAUUUCAAAUAGUUUUGGUCUUCCAAAAACAAUGUAUGAAUAUAAUUAUCCAAUUCCAGAUUCAAAGACAAAUGUAAUGAUCAUUCCAGUUAUAGCAAACGAAUCAAUCAUUAUAGGAAUUGAUGUUUAUAAUGAUGAAUACUUUUGUGCAUGGCAUCAAAGAACAGAUGUAGAAGGAUCAUAUAUGGAAUUAUCCAUCAAACCUAAAAGAACAUUUACUUUAACAUAUUUAAUUAUUGAGAAAGAGUCAGUUAAUCUUCGAGAUUCUUUAGAGAAAUGGCAUUUAACAUUCAAAGACAUUUACUGCAAUAAUACAUUUGGUCUUGGCGCAUGGGUUGCUUUUCCUCGUCUUAAUCAAUUUAAAGAAGAUUAUAUUAAACCAUUAAUAAAUGUGCUGCAAAUGGUAGUCAAUUAUGUACAGUUAUUAGAGAUUAUGGAAGGAGAGAUAUCAAUGGAAAGCUUCAAUGCUCAGUCAAUUAUAAUAAUAAAGGAUCUCAGAUAUAUUUCUUAUUCUAUGGUGCUGCAAGAGAUUUAA